GCCGCCAGAAACCAUGUCAGGAAAAGCGAAUGUGACGGUGUUGACAUUUGACCAGAGUUUUGAUAGUGAUACAAAACCGCCUAUUGGUAACUCCAAGUCAGGAAUCAGUGAGGUCUCCUGUGAUGUCUCCGUUGAUGAUUUGGAUAAACAAGAAUGGUGUUUCACACUAUAUGACUUUGAUGGGCAUGGAAAAAUCACUCGAGAGGACCUUGCUAGUUUGAUGCAUUCGAUCUACGAAAUGGUUGGAUCGACAGUUAAACUACCACCCUCAGGCAGCAAAACAAUGAAACUUAGAUUGUCAGUAGUGCCAGAGAGCAAAACCGGUCAGGUGCUGAUGGAGAAAACAGUGGAAAAUAAAGAAAACACUAAAGCUGUGCACCAGAAGCCAAUAAAUGGUAAAAUAGUGAGAACACCAGCAGAGAGGUUAAUUGGAAAAAUGGAGACCGGUGUCCACAGGGGUCGAAAACAGAGGCAUCGGCACCAUGAGGAAGAAGAAUCACCGAUACAGAAAAGGCGUUCAAGAUCAGACAUGGGUCAGAGAACUGAUUUAACAGAAUUAUUACACAGAAAUGCAGAUAGACAUCCUUAUAGAAAUAGUCGUCUCAGGAGGCACCAUAGCGAUCAGAGGGGAACGACAGCUAUGGAAUCAGAAAGACGACAAAAGUAUGCAAACAACAGGGACCAUAUUAUGGACAGAGAGAGCCGAGAUCGACGGAAUCAUUAUUUGGACUUAGCUGGAGUGGAAAACUACACCAGCAAGCUGCAGGAAUCACCUAUUGUACCGCAAUCACGCAACCAUGGUAACAUUGCCCCGCUCAGGUCAAAAUCGCAACAUUGCUCACGGGGUCAUGGUCAUUAUCGCAACCGGGGACACCACAGGUCGCGGUCGUACGACCCUGCUAAUAUGCGCAUUUGUGAAAAUCUUGCACAAGCACGGACUCAGGAUUUCAAAACGAGCGAGUUGUAUCAGAGACUCCUGGAAACGCAAAGAGUACAAAACAUAUACAGUUUACAUAAAGUGAAAUCGCCAAAAGCUUGUGGUGAACUUAGUGCACAGGUGUGUAAUGAGCUGGCUGCGCAAUCAAGAACAACUAACUACCCAAUCAAUGAACGUUUAAGUCCUAGUACUGGGAAACACAAGCGAACGCGCCACAGGGAACAACUGAAGCAACAGAUUUCAAUCUUAGAACAGGAGUUUGUCAAAGGAACUGAGAAUGUUACACCAGAAAUGACACCUACAAUAAUCCAGAGACACGAACAUCAUCACCAUCAUCAGCACCAUCAUCAUUAUCACUAUCAUCAUUACCACGAGACAUAGCAUAUGGUGAAAUGACAAAGAACAUUAUUAAAUUAUUUGAAAACAAAUAUUCUAGAAAUAUUAAAAAUACAGAAAUAAUUCUUUAAUAUAUAAUUUUAUUAUCUGAUAUUUUAUGGUGCCGUUUUAACCCCCCCCCCCCCCAGUUGACAAUUGUUUUAAAUUGGUAAACUGUUUUUCUAACACAACUGUUCUCACCUCUAGAGGGCACUCUUUAAUACAUGUAUAACUUUCAAAACAUUAGUAAUUUUAUGUUGGUGCUUUUUUGGCUAGUCUUGAUAUUUAGAUUCUAACCGAUAGAUCGCCAUCUAUUGUUGAAAAGGUGAUUUUUUGGUCUUGUAAUUUCAGUUUAACAUUAUCACCAGCAAGCAUACUACUGCUUUAUAGCACAAAAUGGUGGAUUGCAUAAAUAACAUCUCUUUAUUUAAUAUUGUAAGCAUUUGUUUUUCUAUAAGUUUACACCAAAUAGAUGUUGCUAUAGGUCUUGAUUCAAAAGAUUUCAAUUUCAGUACUUUAAUGAAACUUCUUGCUUUUAAUUUUGUGAACAGAGAAAUAAAAACCCAGUGUAUUUGCUCUAGUACUUGCAUUGCCUACCAUAUUUGUAUCUGAUCAUGGCACCAUACUCUUCUUUUAAAACAAAUGCUGCAUGUGUGUGUGUUAGGAAAGGUUGAAUAGCAGAUUUUGGUGUAUUAUAUAUACUCAAAAUUUUGCCGUCGCACAAGGAUGAUGUUUUAGAGUGAAAGCUUCUUGUCAAAGUAAACUUUCAGAAGUGUUGUCAUUUUGUACCAAGCAACAGUAGAAUCACCCAGGGUCAUGUGACUUAAACUUUUGAUUUGCCAAUCAUUUGGGUACAGUCUCAGGUUGGUUCUACAUAAAAAAGCUCCAAACUCUUAUUUGCCAGAAAAUGAAAAAAACUGAGAUGUCACUUUGGUUCCUUCAGUUUACUGAGGCAUUGCUUGGCGCAGUCUAUUAGCAAUGGUUUUUUAAACAACCUAGGUGGUUGCUUCAUGGUUGUGCCACAAAGCAACCACCAAGGUUGGUUUGAUUUGAGAAUCAUUGAUAACACUACUGACUGUCGAUUUAAAAAAAAAA